CCAGGGUGGUGCCGGCAGCGGGGGCUGGGGAGAUCGGCGCGGCGCGGCGCGGCUCGGCGCGGCUCGGAUCGGCGGCGCAGCAAUGUUCAGCUGGCUGGGGAAGCAGGCGGGCGGCGGCCGGGCCGGGACCGGCGGCGGCGGGGACGCGGUGCAGACGGUGACGGGCGGCCUGAAGCAGCUGUACAUGCGCAAGCUGUUGCCGCUGGAGGAGCACUACCGCUUCCACGACUUCCACUCGCCCGCGCUGGAGGAGGCCGACUUCGAGAACAAGCCCAUGGUGCUGCUCGUGGGGCAGUACAGCACGGGCAAGACCACCUUCAUCCGGUACCUUUUAGAGCAGGACUUUCCAGGCAUGAGGAUUGGUCCUGAGCCUACCACAGAUUCUUUCGUUGCUGUGAUGUAUGGAGAUGCAGAAGGGAGUACUCCUGGAAAUGCUCUGGUGGUGGACCCGAAGAAGCCAUUCCGCAAACUCAGCCGCUUUGGAAAUGCUUUUCUGAACAGGUUUAUGUGCUCUCAGUUACCUAAUGAGGUUCUGAAGAGCAUCAGUAUCAUCGACAGUCCUGGCAUUCUUUCAGGAGAGAAACAACGCAUCAGCAGAGGCUAUGACUUCUGUCAGGUCCUCCAGUGGUUUGGUGAGCGAGUAGACCGCAUUAUCCUCCUCUUUGAUGCCCAUAAACUGGAUAUUUCUGAUGAGUUUUCAGAGGCCAUUAAGUCAUUCCGAGGCCAGGAUGACAAGAUUCGGGUGGUGCUUAACAAAGCUGACCAAGUUGAUACACAACAGUUGAUGAGGGUCUAUGGUGCGCUCAUGUGGUCCUUGGGAAAAGUGAUUAACACUCCCGAGGUGUUGCGAGUCUACGUCGGUUCUUUUUGGGCCCAACCUCUUCAAAACACUGAAAAUCGGAGGCUCUUUGAAGUAGAGGCCCAAGAUCUCUUCCAUGACAUUCAGAGUCUUCCACAGAAGGCAGCUGUGCGAAAACUCAAUGAUCUCAUCAAGAGGGCAAGACUUGCAAAGGUCCAUGCUUAUAUCAUCAGCCACCUUAAAAAGGAAAUGCCAUCUGUUUUUGGAAAAGAGAACAAGAAGAAGGAGUUGAUCAGCAGACUACCCGAGAUCUAUGUAGAACUGCAACGAGAAUACCAAAUCUCACAAGGGGAUUUCCCAGAGGUCAAGAAAAUGCAGGAACAACUAGAGGUUUGUGACUUCACCAAAUUUCAUUCUCUGAAACCAAAGCUGAUUGAAGCGGUGGAUAACAUGCUGGCAAAUAAAAUUGCCUCUCUGAUGAGUCUAAUCUCUCAGGAAGAAAACAAUAUGCCUACAGAGAUGGUGCAUGGUGGAGCAUUUGAUGGCACCAUGGCGGGACCCUUUGACCAUGGGUAUGGGGAAGGUGCCAAGGAAGGAGCUGGUGAACAAGAGUGGAUUGUUGCCAAAGAUAAACCUGCGUAUGAUGAGAUCUUCUAUACCCUGUCACCAGUCAAUGGAAAAAUCUCAGGGGUUAGUGCGAAGAAGGAAAUGGUGACUUCCAAAUUACCAAACAGUGUCCUGGGGAAAAUCUGGAAACUUUCAGACUGUGAUAAUGAUGGGAUGUUGGAUGAUGAGGAGUUUGCAUUGGCAAAGCAUCUCAUCAAGAUUAAACUAGAUGGGUAUGAACUACCCAACAACUUGCCUCCACACCUCGUGCCACCAUCACAUAGGAAACCUUUGCAGGUGUCAGAGUGAAAAAUACAGGGAGGGGUGUUGAUUAAUUGAGGGAAAUGCCUAUCCAAAUGAAAACAAUCCAAAUCUUUUUCAGUUGUGUAGAACCACUAAGGCUCAAAAUUUAGCUUUAGAGGCCAUCCUUAAAUCACAACCACAUUCCAUGCAAGUUACUGUAAUUAGCAGCAUAGUAAAAGGGUUACCUGCAUAAUAUCUCUGGCUGACCAUAGAAAUGUUUAUCACAAGUGCCUUUUGUAGUGGCUUCCAUACUUCCAUACUUGAGCUGAAAAGGCUUUCUUUGAGAGUCAGUUCCUGUAUAACUUACUCUGUCUACACCCCAAAAAAGCAGAAAAGGUCAUAAAUAAAAUCAUCAAAUUUCUGCCAUAUAACUAAGGCAGAAGCAGUAAAAAAAAAACAAAAAACAGUUUGACUGCAUGUCCUGUUUCUGAUUCUAAUGUUAAUCCUUAGGAGGGAAGCGUGUCAAGGAAAUAACUUUUUAUUUAAAAAAAAAAAAAAAAGAGUUGAGAAGAUGUAGUGAAUAUUUUUAAAAUUUACCAGUGAUUAUUUUUAAAAAUCUGUAAAAUAUUAAAACAGCUGUUUAAAAUCUGCUAUAACUGUCUGUUGUUAGACUGAACAGUUGUCUUGCUUUGCUGUUUAUACAGCACGCUGUCUCUAGUGUCUAUCAGUUAAAAAGGGUUAGAUCCACACUGAGUAUGGGAUUUCUGAGCUUUUUCUGUUUAGCUGGUUUACACAAUACAAGUUACAUUCUCCAAAGGAAUCAGUGAUAUGAAAUUCCUCAGGUUUUCAGGUGUGUAGGCUUGGCUCUCAGAAGGGCAGGGAGUCCAAAUGUUUUAGCAGAAACAGAAGCCUCUUUUUGAUCUGAGAAAAAGUGAGUUAUAUGAAACUUUAGCAUAGUCCAAAUGCAUAUAAGUUGACUUGAUAAAUUCUCUUCAGAUUUUAGUUGAUGGGCUGUUCCUAAUUCUGGGUACCCCACUUAAUUUCUUUUACUUCAGCGAAGUUUUAUAUUGUCAGUAGGUAGCUGGUAAAUGCAGAAAAGAGAUUCCAUUCUUUAUUAUAGCAUUGCAUUUGAAAGACAAGCUCCUAUGGGAGCUAAACUUCCACUGAAAUCAGAAGUUGUCUUUCAGCUCCCUUUAGUGGAAGCUCUGUUGGUUCUUUAGAGUAUUAUUAGUAAACUGAAAAGAAAAAAACUGGAAGGAGCAUAAAUUCACCAACAUUUCAGUGUCCUUCAAGCAGUACAAUGGAAGAAAACUGAUCAUACAGGUUACACACAAUCAAUUUUAACAGAUCCCUGUUCAGUGCUUCAGAGGAAGGCAAUUUCUCAUCCCCAUGAAUUUCAGGAUAGUUUUGGAGGGACAAAAUCUUCCUGAUGCCAAAUUUGCCAACCAGCUCAGGUCUUUGUGCCUCAGCAGUAAAUGCCUUUUAAUACCUUUACUAUGGAAUAGCAUGGGUAUCAAAAUAAUGGUAAUAUUGAGCAUUUUUUUUCUCUUGAAUCCCAGCAGAAUGUAUUUUUACAAUACCUUCUGGGGCAAAGCAAUCCGAAGAACCCCCUUAGAUGAAGGAGGGAGAUUUUUUUAAAUAUAUUUUUGUCUUUAUUACUACUAGUAUGUAACCUGAUGGCUGAAGACAGAAUAUUAAAAAAUAAUAAUAAACCCCUCACCAGGUAGAAACAAAAAUUUUAAUGUACCCUUUUAUGUGAUUCUAGUUUAUAUUUAUAGGAACAUCUUGUGUAUGUGUUCAAUAAAGCCACAAAAGAGAUUGUUAUGUGUGUGAUAGUUCUAAGUAUUUCAUUAUGCACUUUAAAAAAAUGAUUUGGGAAACUUUCAUAUAAUUCAAAGACCUGAUCUAAUUUGUUCAUCAAAUGUUUUUUAGUAACCAGCUGUUCAGCAUAGCAUCUUCAUCAGUGUAAUGAAGUGAGAGAGGGCUCUCUCUUGCAAUUUCUUUCAGAGCAUGUUUCUUGGCUAUUUUAAAAUAAAUUCAUUAUCUCUUUUUGAAUGAAGUAUGUCAAAUCUUAAAGCACAUCUGUAAAAUUGUAUAGCUGCAGCAUAGGGUCUCAAGAUAUUUUAUAACUGAAAUAUGCCUGAAUGAAACUUCUUAAACAUUUUCACACACUUUUUCAUUAGUUUGUAUUCAUAAUUUAUAAUUUUAACUUGUGAUUAUAGCUAAGAAUAUUUAUUUUGGCAUCAUCCAUCUAACAAUACUCAAAUUAUUUUUUGUUGAUCCUGCAGUCUUGCUGUUUUAUGAGAAUGAACAGAAAGGCACUUCUACUUCAGUUAGGCCAUAGCUGCCUUUCAACUAGAGGCCAACUGGUACAUCUUUUCUUUGGGUAUAAGAAAGCUCGUUAUUCCUGAGGAAAUUUUUUAAUUACUAUAGGGGAAGUGGCUUCAUUGUCUAGCCAGAAGCAAGUGUUUGUAUACCUUUUAUGAAUGUUUUGAUUUGGGUUUUCUCCUGCUGCUUGUGUGUGUGUGUUAAACCAGCUUCUUUUAAUUCCUCUGUGCCACUGUUUAGAUCAGGGGUGGGCAAUUAUUUUGGGCAGAGGACUGCUUACUGAGUUUUGGCAAGCCAUCGAGGGCCACAUGACAGGCAGAUAAAUACUAAUUUUCUAAAUUUUCUAGGGACCUCGUGGGCCGGAUAGAAUGGCCUGGCAGGCUGCAUCUGGCCCCUGGGCUACAUUUUGCCCCAUCCCUGGUUUUAGAUUCCCCUCUGCUUUGGGGGUCUUCUUCCAACCCUGUGUUUUGAAGAAGUCCACUUGCUUAGUAGUGUUUCUUUACUUUUUUUGAGGGAAAGAGUCCGUUUUUCUCUAGUCUUUUCUUCUGUACUUCCUCUUGGUUCUGGUCUUAUUAUAUGCUUUGACCAACUCACUGCUUGCUAUCCACAUUUUGCUCAGCUGUAACACAACAAGUCUGUUCUGUUUUCUCCAAUCUGGGAGGACAGCAAGUGGGAGUAUACGCUUUUUUUUUUUUUUUUUUUUUUUUUUUUAGACUGCAGAGGAAAUUCACUUCUUCCCUUCUUCCUGACUCAGUUCUUUGGGAGGUGGGGGUUGGGAUGGACAACCACUGCUAACCUCAUAUAGAUAGGUAGUUAACCAUAUUAGUCUGAAGGUGUCUUUGUCUCUAACCAGCUAUUCUCUAGCAGGCCUGUCCAGUUUCUAUGCAGCUGGAUUGUAUGCCACACAGGCUGCACCAGUACAAGCCACAGCCCUUCUCCUCCCCCUCUUCCCAGACUGCACACUGCAUGCAUGUCCCCCUUGCUGCACUUCACCAUGUUGUGUGGGUACCUCAGGCUAGGGGUUAUGCCGUGCCCCACCCCCCAGGGCAGGAAGCAGAAGCCAGAGGAGGGAGGGGGAGUCCUGAGCCCCCAGCUACUGUUGCAGCUGGAUGGACAGGGAGCAGAGGCUGGGUCAGAGUCCAGGAAGACUGCACACUAACCCUCAUUGGAUGCAUAAGGUCUGUGCGCUGCCAGUUACAGCCCUGGUUUGUCAGGGGCCGCCGUAAUGUGCCUUCUGAUAACAUCAUGUUAUGUUGCAUGUUAUAUCCUACAUGAAGUUUAGGGCAUUGACAAUGCAUAGGGGGUGCACCGUCCUGAGCAUGGCGGUGCACCCCGUGGGCAGUCGCCACUCGCCACCUCCCCCACCCACCUCUUGCUGCUGGUACCACCGGCAACGUGUGCGAGUGGUCCAUGAUUGCCGACACUGCUGGUGGCAUCUGUGGGUGGUUGUCAACUGCCGGUCAGCUCUCGCCGCUCCCCUCCCCUCCCCCCAGCGCCAACAGUGCUGCGGCUGCCUGCGGGAGCUCCCCCCUUGCCGCUGACAGCACCGCCGCCACCUGCAGGAGCUCACCCUGCCCCCUCCGCGUCCAGGGGCACGCGGUAUUCAUGGUUUAGUGGAAGUCUUGCGUGGGUACAGACCGUAGGAUUUUGUCCUUUAGAAUAGCUGUGAGCAAGCAUAUAGAUACAGAUACUCAUUUUAAGGCAGAAGGUAUAUCCAAGAAAAUAAGGAAAACUAAUACAAACUGGAUUGUGUUGACUCUGCUGUUCCAAAAGGAAUCUGUUACAAGUUACAUUAAUAGCUUCCCCUCUUUCCCCCCAAAUGUGAAGUUAUGCUUUGGGAAGGAACUAACAGACCCUUACCAGGAUUUUGUUGUGUGUAAAUGCAAUACAAGCUGAUUACAUAAUGGCUGAAGGGUGAAUUUUCCUUCUCAAAACUGAAAGUCUGCUUGGAAAUAAGGGACACCCUGCUUUUUUUUAAUCCGCCUGAAGUUUAGUGUGUUUCUUUAUUCUGCCCUUAUACUUAGUUUAUCUCCCCCAGUAUACUUAUUUGAUUCCUGUAAAAUAUAGAUAAAGGGCCAAACUCCAUUUCUGUGCAAGUGCAGUAGCUUCAGUGGAUUUAAGCUUACACAGGUUAGGGUUGAAUUUGGCCUUAGUCUGUACAUGAUUGUCAUGAAUAGUGAAACUGAUCCUCUGUAACUUAUUAAACAGUUUAUAAAAUCAGUAUAUUUUUAUGAUAGGAAAUUUUAAAUAGAAAUAUAGGCUUUAGAAGCAGUUGAACUACUAUUAAUGUGUUAAUGUAUAUGGUAUCUGCAAUCCAUGACAAAUGCGCACACUGGUGUCCUAUGUGAAAAUCUUGCCUAAGGAGAUCUGUUGGAGGAAGAGGGAAGGAUUUUUUAUUUUUUUUACUCCAGCAUAAUGUAGCACAGGAUGGGGAUCGGAGCUUCUUGAUAGCAGCUCUGAUUCUCAAAUCUUGCACUUCCCUUCCUGACCCUUCUGCACACACAUGCACAGAAAUCCAUGGUGGGCCUGGUCUUCUAAAUCACCACCAUGUGAGCUUCCAGAUCCUGAUUGUCUGGCAUGCUGGAAUCAUAGCGGGUUCCACCAUCCCUUCCCACCAAAAAGUGGUGCAGGAUUUUCCCCUCAGUGACCUGCUGUCUGUUACUUAAUGUAUCUCUCCAUUUCUGUUGAUAAUGAAAAGGUGAUGACGCCAACCUUCUUUCCACUCCUUACUAUGUACAAACACCCACUUCAUGGCAUUUUCAUUCCCCUUUAGUUCAACUUGUAAUGAAAUUUUUCCAGGCAAACCUGGAAAUUAGGUUCAAUGGGAAUAUGUUGACUUGGCUGAACUUUUGUUUUGAGGAGGGGGAUUGCUGUUUCAGUAAGGUUCAAACGGUUUGUAUUGACUUUCUAUGGAAGUCUGUUCCAAAAGAGGGAUGUCAAAGUUGUAUGUGGGGAAGGGGAAGCUGAUUCACUGAUACUUCUUUUCUUUUCUUAAAGUAAUAUAAAUGCUUCGUAGCUGAACUGUGAAGUAUAAGUGGUGCAGUGCAUUAAUAUUGCAACAGAAUCCACAUUUGCUUAGUUGAUAGCGCCCUUGUAAAUUGUGGUAGCUUUCCUAAAUAAUUCUCAGGAGCAACACCUAUCACAAUUGCCAUCACUCAGUCUGAUAGUGUUGUUAUCCUCUGCUCAGGAAAGACCUAAGUCUGGGAUAACGGGUAUUUGUAGGCUUAUGUUCAUUAGGACUACAAGAGCGUUUAGAAAUAGCAGACAUUACUUUUAUGAGAACAGGAACUACUGUUACUAGUCUUUUUCUUAAACACAGAUAUAGGCUACCCCCCCACACUCAUGUUCGGCUAUUCUAUAGCACAAUUAAUUCAUAUCAGUCUGUGAUUCUGUUCCUAUGAAAGUCUGGGAUUUUUGCUUUCAUCUUUAACAGAAAGAGAGAGGCCUAUUUUUUUGUUUUGUUUUAGCCAUGCUGGAAGUAGAAACAAACCUUAUAAAGCUGUGCCUGUGUUUAGGUUUGCAAUGAUUUCUUACCUGUACUGUAGUUCUAAUGUCCAGGUCAAAAAUAACAUAUACCUCAUUGGGGAUAGGCAUGAAUAUAUUUACAGAACCUGUUCUUCAUACAGCUGUCUCAAGCGAAUAAUAUUAUUUUUCACUUUCAACAGUAAAAUUCACCUAUAACACACUUUUUUGCAUGUCCUGUUUUAACUGUCUGGUAGAUUUUUGUAUUAUUAUAAUUCAAUCAGAGUUUGGGUCUUAGAUUUAUUUGGGGUAACAAUGUGCCACUUUGCUUUUUUCUUCUUUUUUUUUUCCUGUCACACUGACUAGUCAUUGUAUGACUUAAUUAUUUUAACGUCACUCCAAAGGCAUUUGUUUUUCAUAUUUAAGAAAAUAUUUAAUAACUAUUUCUUAUUGUAGUAAUUACCAUUUCUUACCAUUUCAGUUUGUCUGAAUGAGCAAACAAGGACAUAAGGCUAUUAGAAUUGCACUUUGAUUAUAUGUACAAUAAAUUCCAUACUGUAACAUUUUUAACAUGCUUUGUAAUCGUAUUCAGGUAAUUGUGAUAAAAUUUGCUGAUUAAUAAACUAAUGGUAAACUA